AUGCUAUCAGCUGCAGACAAUUUAGUGCGCAUCAUAAAUGCUGUCUUUCUUAUCAUAUCGAUAGGUCUAAUCAGCGGCUUGAUAGGUACACAGACAAAGCACAGUUCUCGAGUGAACUUUUGUAUGUUUGCUGCGGCUUAUGGUCUGGUGACAGAUUCAUUUUACGGGUUUUUGGCGAAUUUCUGGACAUCAUUAACAUACCCAGCAAUUUUGCUUGCUUUGGAUUUUUUAAAUUUCUUAUUUACGUUUGUAGCAGCUACCGCACUGGCCGUCGGUAUAAGAUGCCAUUCGUGUAAAAACAAAACAUACCUGGAACAGAAUAAGAUCAUACAAGGUUCAAGCUCCAGAUGCCAUCAAUCUCAAGCUGCUGUAGCAUUUUUUUACUUUUCCUGUUUUCUGUUUCUCAUCAAAGUGAUAGUGACUGUGGCUGGUAUGAUGCAAAAUGGAGGAUUUGGCUUUAAUACCGGGUUUGGUAGAAGGAGGGCAAGAAGACAAAUGGGUAUACCUACAAUUUCUCAGGUUUAA